GAAGUGUUUUGUGCAUCCACCACAGCUCUUCAGGGCGAUGAGAUUAAUGCCCAAAACAACUUUUCCACGUCUCGCAAAUUUCGCGCGCUCUCCGCUACUAUUUCCAUGAGAGCAGAAACGCGGCAUGUCAACCCUGGACACCAAUAUGUAAUUUGCAGGCAAAGGGUAGGCAAUCUAACUGAAUCAAGAAGUUUAAAGUAGAUUCAUUGACACAGCUACACCUACAGGAGCAGGACAUUACGCAGAGCAACAAGCUGAAGGCUCUGUAGAUCCUAAUGGUGCUUUGAUUCUGCCCCUCCUUGAAUGAAAGCCAGCAGAGGCACAGCGGUGGUGCACUUAGGGAUCAACGGAGCUUACUCAUUGUUGAGAAUUUAAGUUGCAUAGGUCAACACCAUCUGUACCUAAUUCUGUGAGUUGUGGGUAUUCACCGGAUGUCUCCCCCCCCCGGUUUGCGUGCACAGCACCCGCAAGGUAUAGCAAAGUAAGUGGAUCAACCUAGAUCAUUCUAAAAUCUGGUUUAGUUGUUGCCAGACUGACUUUCUUGGAUUUACCAGCCUAGCUGGAGGACGGGCCAUCGCUCAUUCAGGGUUCAGGUACUAUUCCCAGGGUUCAGAAACCCAGGCCAACAUGCAUGUGCAUGCUGGUCUAUAGUUGCCUUACGCUGAUGCGCCAAUGUGAACGAGCGAUGGUGCAUUCAACUUUUGAGACUAGGGCGGACCGGAAGCAAGAAACCCUACUGCAGAAAGACAAGCUGGCGCUGCGUGGCCGGCUGCUUAUGUACCCGGGUUGCGAGGACCCUUUUAAAGGCAGUGGGGAUCAGGGGGGCAGCGGGGAAGCGGGUAAAUUCAACGUAUUCGUACUGAUGCCAGCUUCGAGAAGCUGCCACGAUGCAAAGGUUACGUGACACCAGUACAGCGGGCGAGGAGCUGAUGCAGGAUAAUCGGGAUGACGCAGGGCAAGGCUGGGCGCACGCAUGGGGGCAGCUCGGGGCCGUUGGGAUUUAUACUGACGUCAUCUGUCGAGAUGCAAAGUUAGCAGGAAGCGGAGGGGCCAGCGAUGGAAGUUGGCGGAUGCGGCAUGGGCGGUUGGGCUAGGCUGGGAAGCCGGAGCGCUUGGAAGGUGUGCAUGCGCAUGCGUUGCGAGCCUGGGGGAGCGUCCGGGCAAGGGCGCGGUCACAGCUGUGGCGGCAGCUGGUGGUGUUGGUCAUUGUGGGGGCGGCAAUUAAGGUGAUAAGGUCUGCUUUAGUGCUCCCACAAUGCCAAUUGCUUCCUGUUGAACCAGGGGCAUGUAGCGAGAUUGAUGUGACAUUGAAAAGGUUGAAGGUUGAAGAUUUUGCAAAGGAUCAGCUUGUUCGUAUCGUUCGCCGACACCUCGGUCAUACUUGAAUUUCACUGUCGUUACUUUGCCUGGCCAGAACAGUUAAGACCAGGUUGAUUGAAACGAGGUCAAUGUUGUAUCCACUUUUGCUGCUUUUCAUUGAUUUGAAAAUUGGCAAUGAGAGCAUGCGACGCUGCGUUGGCAACAGUUGUCGGGGAUCGCGGGUCCAUAGAGCCACAGAAGCAACUUUGAAGGCAGCGAAUGAUUUGAG